CAUAUGGGGUCGAGAAAGGCGCCGUGUUGGGUUCUUUUGAGCCAACACGGGCGCCUCUAAUCACCAACAAAUUGUAUCCAUGAAAAAUCGGUUGUAACAGUGCAUUAAGUGGUACAUUUGACGAUAACAGCCGUUUGAAAAAUCUGCACACUGUUAGAUAAAUAAAAUUCUGUGGUUUAUUCUCUCGUUGAAAGUUGGUCGCGAGUGCUGAUGCACUCACUCGGGGGUGGAUGGGGGGACAAAUUAGUGGCAAAUAUGGGUCACUUUCACGGUGGUGAUGUAGUAUUUCGAGAGUGACAUCGAUCCAGUUGUUAUUUUGGUGAUAGCCGGAAGUGGAGCAAGUGCUUAAGAUGGCGGCGUCAAAAGCACCGGAAAUGAACUACACGUGCGAGAUAUGUGGAUUGGAGGGAUUCAAUGACGAGGAGAUGAGAUCGCACAUGGUUAUUUAUCAUCUGCAGGGGGCUGCUAGCUGUCCCUUCUGCGAUUUGGGAGAAAUUUCACCGGCUGAGAUGUUGCUGCAUGUUAAUAGUGCCCAUUUGGAUUAUCUCACGCCGAGCACUCCGGAGAACGAUAUGAUGGCGUUCAUCGACGACGACUCGACGAUGGAGGACUCGGUGAAGGAGGACGACAUGACCCAGGAUUUAUCCUCUGAAUUAUUAAACAGUUCGAUACAGUCGCAUCAAUCACACCUCCUCAAUGGCUGGAGCGAGCCUGCCAGAGGUGGCGAUUCCUCCAGGGACUCCAAGGCACCCAGCCCACUACCCAGUCCCAUAGCUAAUAACAACAACAAUAAUAUUAAUAAUGCGGCGAGUGUGGCGGGUGGAGCGAAUGUCAACAGUGAAUCAUCAGCAGGUCACGGCUCUCCCCUGCGCACAAGUCUGAACCUCCAAUUGCGUUCCUACGCCUCCCCAAAGCCGCGUGUCCAGGAGUGCCCGAUGUGCCCCUACAGUUCCGACAGUCCCCUCUGCCUGGAGGAGCACAUAAAUCGUCAGCACUUCGACCUGACGUCCCCCUCAUUUCCCCCAGAGUCCCCCCCGACCCGCGACAGCAUCUUCAACUGCCCUCUGUGUGUCACAUCCUUCCCAAACUCAUCUGACCUAGAGCUCCACGUGAAUAUCGAGCACAAGGACAUCCUCAGUCCUGCGAAGGGCUCGGGCGAACGAUCAGACGUGGCCUCCAGUGGACCUGACACCCCCACAUGUCCAGUCUGCCUGAGCACGUCCUUCAGAACCAGUGAGGAACUGACAAUUCACAUCGAGGAGCACUUCUCCAAGAAGGGGACACCCUCACCAGUCACUCCGGACUCGUCCUCGGACAGACUCCUGGCGAGGGACAUGGAGAGGAGGGAGAAGGAAGUCAGAAAACUCAGGGAGCAGAGGGAGUUUGAGAUGCUCAGGGCGCAGUAUGGAAUGGAUAAUCAGGGUAAUUUCAGGGAGCAGAGUGUUACCAAUAUGCAGAGGGCUGUCUAUGCUGGGGAAAUGUCGGUUGCUGAUUUCUACGAGAGGCAGAUUGAACUCAAAGCUGCUGAGCACAAUGGCAUUGAUGAUGGCAGCUCUUGCACUAGAGGGCUGGUACCAAAGGUGAGAGCGGUGAGUCAAGGAUGCAGCAACGUGAUAAACACUUGGAUGUGCUCAACAGUCGAUCAUUAUGGCUCAACGUAUGGGGACAAAGGCUGGGGUUGCGGCUACAGGAACAUCCAGAUGAUGAUUUCGUCGUUGUUGCAGCACACUGGGUACAAUGAGCUGGUCUACAGGGCUUGGAGCUCAGUCGGGAAUACUGGCUCUGACAAUCCCCUGAGGAGCUCAAUGCCAUCGAUCUCGAGACUCCAGAGGAUGAUCGAGUGGGCCUGGGCUCAGGGAUUCGAUGUCCAGGGGGCUGAGCAGCUCGGGGGAAAGCUGGUUAACACUAGAAAGUGGAUUGGAGCCACUGAAGUCGUCACUCUGUUCUCCAGUUUGAGGAUGAGGUGUCAACUGGUGGAUUUUCAUCGACCCACUGGCUCAGAUGGAAGUCACCCAGAGAUGUUCAACUGGGUUCUUCAAUAUUUCCAAAAGAGUGAUGACUUCAAACCUCCAAUUUACCUGCAACAUCAGGGUCACAGUAGAACGAUAAUGGGAGUGGAGCAGCUGAGAGAUGGCUCUAUAACAAUGCUAGUGCUCGAUCCCAGCCACACACCAGUGCAGAUGGGACAGUUCAAUAGUACAUCUAGUGCACCAGGUGCCAUGAGACUCAUCAGAAAAUCAACUGCUGCUAUGAAGGCCAGGCAGUACCAAAUUGUUGCUGUUGUUGGUACGAUGGACUCCGAAUCUCGUUAUCAGUUAAGCAAAGUAAUGAGAACACUUAGAAUCCCCCAAGAGAGAUGAGAAUCACCAGAGACCCCGGGACCUCAUCGCCUCCUGAUCCUAGUGUGUUAAUUAAUAAAUUGAAGCCUGACAAGAGCCACUUGUCCAAUAAGAGAAAAUUCAAAAACUCAAAAUCGAGGAGAAAUAAUCCAAUAAAAUCGAGACAACCACUGCUCAACAUAUUUUCGACCCAAUCAACUUCGAGAAAGUGUGAGAAAAAAUCGAAAUAAUGAAACCUCGUGGCUGGACUCGAGGUCUAGAACCAUCGAAAGAAGACAAAAUUUUCAUUGAAAAAGAAGAAAAAUAUUCUCUCUUACUAUUUAAAUUUCCAGUAAUACGAAAGUACCAAUUAAAUUUCUUUCCCUCUAAUUUUCAUCAUUUAAACAAUCCAACUAGUCAAUAAUUGCUUAGCCCAGUUGAGCGUUGAACUACAAAUUUUAAAAAAAUUGUUAAUUAUCACGAAAUAGACGAGCACCUAUUUGCCUCAUUAAUCGUUCACAGAACACGAAGAGAAAGAUAAUUAAAAUUAACGAGAAGAAUGAGAAAAUGAAUUCAUAAAGUACAACUAUACUUUCAUACUUCUAGAAUAAUUUAUGAUAAAUAAAUCAUUGAUAAAUAAUUGAAUUUAAAAUACAAUUUUUUUCCUAUUAUUUUUAAUAAUCAAUAGAUGAAUUUAAAAAGAUUAUGUGAAGGUGUUGAGUCAAGUAUUGAUUGCUCUUUAAUUAUCUGAAGCUCCAAAUAUUCAGUAAUAUCGAGAGAUUCCUCAUUUCCAUCGAUUCAAUUUCCCAGAAUUUAUUUAUAGUGAUUUUUUUUUCAUGAGUUUGUAAUUAUUUUUCAUUGUAAAUGAUUGAUGUUGAUUAAUUAUUAGAGAUUGACGAAGGCUGUUACCAUUUAUUCCCUCAGUGAAUCACUCUUGCUCGUUUUAUUAGCAUUUGUCAUGACUGAGUCGUUAGUCAAGUGGUAAAUAACAGGAGAUGAGUCCAGAACAAAGAGAUUCGACGAUUAUUUCGUGAAUAUCUUGGAUACUAAGGAGUUUAAAGUAAAACGUCGAACUGCAUUUCUCCCAAACUCAAUAAUUUCUAACAUAUUUCCAAAAUAAUUCAGACGAAAUUCUUGGACUCGUCCAGUUCAACCAUUUUGCUACAAAAAAAAUUGUUAAACCUGUCAUUUACUCAAUUAUCGUCAAUAUUUGUAAAUUAUAUGCUUUACUAGAUUUUCCUUGAAUAAAAUUGACUAUUUAUAAUAAA